CGAUUUAUUUUGACAGCCAUUGUAACUAGCAGCUUUGACAAGAGAGUAAACAUCCAUUUAAUUCCGACUUUCAGCCCGUCUUUCGUGCAUUUUCCGAGAUUGUAAUUGCAACUAUUGCAACUAUUUCAUUUGAAUUCGGUGUGUAAAGUGAUAGAACAAUGGUACGAGGAAAUAUUCGAGCACGUCGUGAUCAUUUGCGUGGACCGCGUACAACAUUCAGAAAGGCAUUUUUGCCGAGACCACCAUUCGAUUUGGCUCGUUUCGAUUUGGCAUUCCAAAAAGAUGCCACUCCAUCAGCCGACGAUAAUGAUUUGACUAAUGCAUUGUUGAAGCGUAAUCAAGAUUUGACACCGACCGCCCAGGAACAGACAUCGAUCUCGAAUUUGGUGACAAAAGUGCAAAGUAUUUUGGAUAAUUUGGUCAUUGCACCCGGUGAUUUUAAUACCUGUCAAUUAGAAGAGGUGCGUCAGGUGGGAUCGUACAAAAAGGGUACAAUGUUAGCCGGUCGCAAUGUUGCCGACAUUGUAGUUAUUCUGAAAACCUUACCAACGAAAGAGGCAUGCGAAGCGUUGGCCAAAAAGGUUGAAGAAGAACUAAAAAAUGCAAUGAAAACCGAAGUCGUAGCUAAAUCCGAUGCACUGACCAUUGAAAACAAUGAGAAAGGCUUUGACGUGUUCAAUACACAUGCUCGUGUUCGCAUUUUGAUUACCACUUUGCCACAAAAUAUUCGCAAAUUAGAACCGGAGACGCAUUUGGAUGCAAAGGAGAUGCAAGGUCAUUUGGCUGCCAUUCGUCACAGUCGUUGGUUUGAGGAAAAUGCACAUCAUUCAUCGAUUAAGGUGUUGAUACGGAUUUUACGCGAUUUGGCCAAUCGCUUUGAAGGUUUCCAUCCACUAAACACAUGGAUGAUCGAUUUGCUCGCACAUUUUGCCAUCAUGAAUAAUCCUAGUCGUCAAGCGCUCGCCAUUAAUAUCGCCUUCCGUCGCGUAUUUCAAUUACUAGCGGCUGGCCUAUUCUUGCCUGAUUCGGCCGGCAUUUUGGAUCCAUGCGAAAAGAAUCACUCACGCGUCUUCACUAGUUUGACAUUGGAACAACAAGAUAUUUGCUGUAUGACCGCUCAGACAUUGCUGCGUGUGCUCGUUCACGGUGGCUACAAGCAUAUACUCGGUUUGGAAGGUAACACCAGUAUCGCCCGUGAAAUGUCUAUUUGGGACGGUGUGGUUGUGUCACCAAUGCAACCAGUCUAUGAGAAACCCGACGAUAAAAAGGAUGAACAUCCCGCCGAAUUCGAUGGUGAUGCCAUGGAAAAUGAAGAAGCAAUGGACGACAUACAAUAGAUGACAUACACACAUGCAUUAACAAUUUUUUUCUUUAUACUACACAUAAAAGUCCUUAAACUCACAAUUUGCAAUGUUUUGAUACAUUUUAAAUCGACAAAGGAUUGUUUUCUUUCAUUUCUUUCAAUUGUGUCCAAAAUUACAUCAAUAAAAUAACAUCAAUUUGACUUUUCGUGCACCCAAA